UAGCAACGAGCCAACCAAUCAGAGCGAAGGGCGCCCGUCCCUUUAAAAAGGAACCCUGCCUCCUUGCGCAUGCGCGGUCAAGAUGGCGACGGUGCAAGGCAGCAAAGAAGUGUACCUUGGCUUUGACUUCAGCACUCAGCAGCUGAAAGUGGUGGCCAUCGAUGAGCAUCUGGACGUGAUCCACCAGGACAAUGUGCACUUUGACUCUCAGCUCGCACACUUCAGGACUGACGGGGGUGUCCAUGUUGCUGCUGACGGCCUAAGGGUCACGUCGCCUGUUCUCAUGUGGGUCAAGGCGUUGGACCUCCUCUUGGACAAGAUGCAGAAGGCGGGCUUUGACUUCUCCAGUGUGCGGGCGUUGUCCGGCAGCGGUCAGCAACACGGCAGCGUCUACUGGAAGACGGGAGCGUCUCGGACCCUCCAGCAGCUGGACCCUGCCUUCGGCCUUCACCAACAGCUACAGGACAGUUUUUCUGUAGGUAACUCUCCGGUGUGGAUGGACUCCAGCACUGGGCUGCAGUGUGAACGUCUCCAGGAGGCAGUAGGGGGCGCUGCAAGGCUGGCUGACAUCACAGGGUCCAGGGCCUAUGAGCGUUUCACAGGAAAUCAGAUCGCCAAAAUACACCAAGAGCAACCGCGAAACUUCCAAGACACUGAGAGGAUCUCACUGGUCAGCAGCUUUGCAGCGUCACUCUUCCUGGGUGCUUACGCCGCCAUCGACUACAGCGACGGUUCUGGAAUGAACCUUCUGGACAUCAGGACCAAAAAAUGGUCUGAGAUCUGUCUGGAGGCCACCGCUCCAAACCUGGACCGCCUGCUUGGAACACCUCUUCCCUCCGUGUCAGUGCUGGGUCCGGUCUCCUCUUACUGGGUGCGCAGGUUUGGUUUUCUCGACUCGUGUAAGCUGGUGGCCUUCACUGGAGACAACCCAGCGUCUUUGGCGGGAAUGCGACUGCAGCAAGGAGACAUUGCUGUGAGCCUGGGCACCAGCGACACAGUGUUUGUGUGGCUCCAGCAUCCUCGCCCCGCCCCUGAGGGUCACGUGUUGGUCAACCCUGUUGACUGGCAGCAGUUCAUGGCUUUGUUGUGCUUCAAGAACGGAUCAUUGACCAGAGAGCGUGUGAGGAACCGCUGUGCUGAAGGAUCCUGGGAGGUCUUCUCAGCUGCUUUGAGAGAAACUCCUCUGGGAAACGACGGCUACAUCGGCUUUUUCUUUGAUGUGCUUGAGAUCAUGCCCCGCGCUGUUGGGAUUCAUCUCUUUGACGCCGACAACAACAAGGUGUCCACAGUGAGUGCUCAGGCGGAGGUGCGGGCGCUGGUGGAGGGUCAGUUCCUGUCACGUAGACUCCAUGCUGAGCUCCUCGGUUACUCCAUCAUUCCAGGAAGUAGAGUUUUGGCAACGGGGGGUGCCUCGUGUAACAAAGACAUCCUGCAGGUGUUGUCUGAUGUCUUCAACGCUCCGGUGUACACAAUCGAUGUGUCCAACUCGGCCUGUCUAGGCUCCGCCUACAGAGCAAUGCACGGUCUGCUUGACAAAUCAGGUGUUUCCUUCUUUGACGUGCUGAAGAAAGCUCCGGAAGCACGACUUGUUGCCACGCCGCAGCCUACUGCACAACAGGUGUACAACCACAUGCUGAAACGCUUCGCCCAAUUGGAGAAGAGAGUAUUGCAGGAACCCCACCCUUAAGACACACCUGCAAAUCUAAUUGGACAACAUGAAUUCAGACAGGUUUUCUCACUCUUCAUGCUUUAAGGAAAACACCGGAGAGCAGACCUGCCCUCAGAGGAGUGCAUUAGACAACAAUGGCCUGGAAAACAUCGCCUAGGAAGGCCUCAUUCACAGCUGCCACACCUUCAGUCCCAUGCGUCCCCACAAACAAGCGCCCCAUGCUGCAUUUCCAUCCAAUUUCCACUGCAGAACGUGUUCAUUUUCAGCCUAAUGGCAUGUCAUUUUGCUCCGGCCCUUGGUCAAGAAUUAAUCCUAGAAUCAAAACAGAUUUUCCGGGCAGCAAUCUUCCAUCAAGUAUUGAUUGAUUUUUUUUUUUUCUUUUUACACUGGCCGAGCCUGUACUCCCUAAUUUAAGCUGACAGGCAGUAGCACAAUGGAGCACCUUGGCAUCUCUCUCAGAUGUACACGACAUAGAACACACACCCAUCUAUCUGAUUUAGCUCUAAUUAUCUCUUUGGACUGACCUGGCCAGGUGUGGACAUCAUCAGCCAUCAUUACUGGCCUGUUGACACGUUACUGCUAUGUUUGAGUGAUUCUCUCCCUGCAGCCAUUUUACACAAGAAGAGGGUUUCAUCACGACAACCCCCCCGCCCCCCCGUAAACACUGAGGCCCUUACUUAUGAGCAGAGAUGUGUCCGAACGUGUCAUCUCUCCCUCUACUCUUGAUGCCCUCACCUAUGCAAUCAUCAUGCAUGGAGAGGAUGAUGGAUGCUGGCUUGUUUUCCUCUCACUCUUGAAGCUGCCAUGACCCCCACACACUUUACCACCAGACUAUUUUACUUAAUUAUUCAUCUUUGCUCAAGAGGAGUUCAAUAUUAAGUUAGGAAGACAUAUUUUACAGUGGAUCAUUGGAACUCAUAAUUGACGCAAAUUUUAACCUGUUCCUGUGUCAAACUUUUCAAUAAUGCAUUUAAAGUGACCUUUUAGCAUUUAAAUAACGUUGCAUGAUAGUCAUAUGAUAAAUGUGGCCUAAUUUCUAUCACCAUAUUGUGGUAAAGCCUGCCUAUGCUACAUGCUAGCCAAGUACCACAAAAUUGACAAGUUGCAACAAACGCGUCCUCGCUCGCACGGUGCGUAGCUGCUUCAAUGUUCUCACGGGAAGGAUAGCCAAACAUACUACACUACACACCUUAGGAUAGGGGUGUCCAAAGUGUGGCCCGGGAGCCAUUUGCGGCCCGCGGGUCAUUUUUUAAUGGCUCCACGGCACAUUUUAAGAAAACAAAAUAUAUAAAAAGUGGUAUAAAAGAGCAAACAGGUGAAAUGUAACAAGAAAUUGUUGCAAUGCUUACUUUUAUAACACAAAGCUGCCAAGCAGGCUGUUUAUUUCUUUAUAAAAUAAUAAUGAAUCAAAAUCAAUGUCAUUUUGAAUUAUUGACGUAUUCAAAGCUCCGAUUACGUCACAUUAAAUAUUCCACUUUGAAAUAUUUUUUGGGGAAAAUGUUGCAUAUUUUGUGUUUUGCCAUAUUAAAAAACUGAGCUGUUUUUUUUUUUUGAAGGUCCUAAAACAAACAAUAAAACUAAUAAUUGAAGGCUAUAUCUGAAGUUGAUUUCGAAAUUAUUGUGCUAAAAGUAAACAGUAAAAAAAAUGUAUAAUUUAUUUUUUAACACUUUAAUGAGUAGGACACUUUUGGAUCCCUAAUUAUUUUAGUGUGGUUUGUUUUUAAGUGUCAUAGCUCAAAAAAUAAUAGAUCAAAAUCCAAAAUUAAGGCUCCAAUUAUUAUAUAAUCUCAAAUAUUCCACCUAAAAAAGUUAUUGGGUGAAAAUAAUGCAUAUUUUGUGUUUUUUCCAUUUUUAUCCCCUAAUGUUAAUCUAGAGAUUUAAAACUUGAUUAAUAAUUAAAAAAACAAUUCUGAAUAAUGACACAUUCUUAAUAUUUUUUUUUGCCAAAACCUUUUGGGGUGCCUGGGAUCAUAACUGAGUGGAGGCUUAAAUGUAUAUUUUUUAUACAUAUAUUGCAUUGGUUUUUAAAAUAUGAAAAUGGCCCCCGCUUGCUUUGAUUUUUCAGUGUGCGGCCCUCAGUGGAAAAAGUUUGGACACCCCUGCCUUAGGAGGAUACAAGAUGCCAUGCUAACAGGUCAGCUAGAUUUCUUGAAUGUAAAGUGACGUGGGUGGAACGAAACCAAGUAUUGUAUGAUAAGGUUGAUACUUUAAUGAUUGGAUCAGUAAUUUUGUCAAUUUCGUCGUUUACAAACGCUAGAAAUAAGUCCCUAAACAAAGGACUUAAAGGGCGGUGACCAAAGGACUUGCAGUAAAUCUGAGCCAAUAGUAGUUUUUGCCCAAAAUAUUGUAUAAUAUAAGUGAAUAAUGAAAUAAUUUUUAAAUGUAAUUUUGUCUGACUAUAAAUGUAAUUAUUCAAUGAUUUUGAAUAUUGCCCCUGUAACUACAAAUUUGUAGUAUCGCCCCGAACUAAUGUAAAGUAUCCAACAGAGGAAUAAGUGUUUAUUACAUUCGAACAGAAGUGUAGAUUGAACCAUGUUAUAAAAAAGUAACCAUCAUUUAACAGUAUAUUACCAAAUAUUGUGAUCUCCAUCCUUAUCACAAGAUGCUGAAAAGUAUAUUGCAAAUUUGCAACAUAGAUUUUAGACUCUAUUGCCCAUCCCUACAAUUCAACAUAAGUUAUUACAUCAAUCAAUCAAUGUUUAUUUAUACAGCCCUAAAUCAAAAAUGUCUCAAAGGACUGUACAAACCUCGGAAGAACCCACAUAAGGGCAAGGAAAACUCACACACAGUGGGCAAGGAGAAUUCACACCCAAAUGGGGCGCAAGUGACAAUGAUGACUACGAGAAACCUUGGAGAGGACCUCAAAUGUGGGCAACCCCCACUCUAGGGGACCGAAAGCAAUGGAUUUCGAGCGGGUCUAACAUGAUACUGUGAAAGUUCAAUCCACAUGAAGUGCAAAAAGAAGUGACAAGUAACUAUUUCUGAUAAAAUGUAAAGAACAAGCCUUACCUUUUUGAUGAGCCACACCCUUUGUGAAGUUCUAAAAAUGUCCUCUUUGAUUUGUCACUCAUUAACUGUGGAUUUGAACACAAACAUGUUAAAACAGGCAAAUGGCAUCCAGAGGCUUAACUGCCCAUGUCCUUUAAAAGGGAUUCCUGCCUUAAUGAUGGGUGGGGCAUGUCACACAAACUUUGCAUGGGUGUUCAAAAUGCAACCCAGGAGAAAUUUUUGAAUUGGCUCUCAGCACAUUACAAAAAUAAAAUGGACACAAGGCAAAGAGAAAAAGCAAAAACACUGAUACUAAUUAGGGCUGGGUAUCAUGGACAUGCAGUAGAAAAUAAAUGAAUGAAUGGAUGGAUCAUGGCCUAAAUCAAUUUGAGGCUUCAGAUCGAUUACCGGUAUCAUAAAUCGAUCUCACAUCAGUAUAUAAAUGUCUCAAUUCUCUUACAAAAUAAACAUCUACAAAAUGUUUUCAAUUCACCUCAAAUAGGUACUGUAGGUGUUUUAAUGUAAACUUGUAAAUUGGACAGUUUAAACCUAACCUGUAAACAAGACUGUGUCAAAGUGCAGUUUGGAAAUAAAGGAAUUUCAACUGAAA